UGUCCCAAAUGUUCUUGAAAUUGCCUUUUGCACUACUUGUCGGUGCUUUUACUGUGAUGAUGCUUAAAGCUCAUGGCCAGGAUCAAUCAGAUUUCAUCAGCAUCGAUUGUGGCCAACUACAAACUAAGGAGUAUACAGAACCGACAACGGGCAUUACAUACGGUCCAGAGACAGUAGAUAUUGUUGAUACUGGUGUGUCCAAGCCCAUAGUAGUGUCCGAUCCUCGGCAGCAGUUUCAGUUUGUUAGGAUGUUUCCUGAAGGAACCAGGAACUGUUACAAAAUAAAUAUCAAAAGACGGCAAAAGUAUUUGAUAAGGGCAAGCUUUUUGUAUGGAAAUUAUGAUGGGGACAAAGAUUUACCUGAAUUUUCACUACAUCUUGGAGGUGAUUUGUGGGAGUCUGUGGUGAUUUCAAAUGCAAGUUCUGAAGUAGUCAAGGAGCUCAUACAUAUUCCAAUGAGAUAUUACAUACAUAUUUGUCUGGUUAACAUAGAUAAGGGCAUUCCAUUUAUAUCCACGAUAGAACUCAGGCCUUUACAUAAAGAUACUUAUCAAACAGAAAGUGGGACGUCUUUGGCACUUCAUUCGCGGAUUAACAUGGCAGCAAAUAAAGCCAGAUACAGGUACCCGGAGGAUGUUAAUGAUCGUAUUUGGUCAUCAUGGAUGAGUGAGACCUGGAAAAAAAUAAAUACUUCGUUCAAUAUCAACACAGAUAAAUACCAACUACCAUCUCUUGUCUUGAGGACAGCUGCCACGCCAAAAGAUGAUUCAAUCAAAAGACUGAGUUUGAUGUGGCAGCAUUCCGUUAAUGCAACAUAUCAUUUUUAUUGGCACUUCGCAGAAAUAAUAAAGUUCAACUCCGGCUUGUCUCGAUAUCUCACCAUUAACAUCAAUGGAAAGCCUUCUUAUAGAGCCAUUCCACAGUACCUGAGCUCAAGGACGUCUACAGGCAGUAUUGCUGUGGGAGGAGGGCCAUUUAAUUUUCAAAUAUAUUCACCGCCGACAAGUAGUUACGGACCGAUCCUCAACGCCUACGAGAUUUAUACGGAGAAAAAGUUAGGAUCGGAAACAGACCAGCAAGACGUUGAAGCACUUACAAAUCUCAAGUCAACUUACGGAAUCAUUAAGAAUUGGCAAGGAGAUCCGUGCUACCCUAAAGAAUACAUAUGGGCAGGUGUGAACUGUAGCUAUUCUGACAAUGACUCCGCACGAAUCAUAUCCCUGAAUUUAUCCUCGAGUGGAUUAACUGAAGAGAUAGCUGCUUCUAUAUUUAAUCUCACAAUGAUACAGACUUUGGAUUUAUCGAAUAACAAAUUAUCAGGACAGAUUCCAGAAUACUUGUCGCAGUUGCCAAAGCUAAAUAUCUUAAACUUAGAGAAAAAUGAUCUCACAGGCUCAGUUCCCGCCUGGCUUAUUGCGAAAGAAAAUGAUGGUUUUUCAUUGAGUUUGUGCGGAAAUCCAAGUUUAUCAGGGCAGCUUCCUUGCGGAAAGCAGAAGAAGAAGAAGAAGAACCAGUUUGUUAUUCCGGUCGUUGUGUUAAUUAUCAUCGUGUCAUGGGUCUCAUUUGCAGCAGCUCUAGUGUGGAAAUCUAAAAGGUUUCGUGCUUACUGGAGACUUGGUAAAGAUUCAUGUACUGAAUCAGAGAACGGACAGAGUAGCAGAGGACACGAUGUGUUUUUGAGUUUUAGAGGUGAUGAUAUACGAGAAGGUUUCGCCCGUUAUCUGCACGACGCUUUAGACAAAAAUGGAAUCAAGACAUUUUUUGAUGAUCAAAAUCUCCAGAAAGGAGAUGAAAUAGGACCUACACUUGUCAACGCAAUAGAAGCAUCAGAGGUUUCUAUCAUUUUGUUCUCAAAAAACUAUGUUACGUCAAGUUGGUGUCUGGGUGAGCUUGUACAUAUCAUUGACUGUAAAAACAAAAAUAAGGAUCGUCGUGUUGUCCCAGUUUUUUACAAAGUGAAUCCAUCAGACAUACGCAAUCAAUCUGGUAGUUUUUCCCUUCAGACGUGGAUAGACAGAGAGAACGUCAAGGUUCCCGUAUGGAAGGAAGCUCUGGUAGAAGUAGCAAAUUUGUCGGGAUAUCAUUACACGAGAGGGUACGAAAGUGAAACCAUCGAAAAGAUUGUUGAAAAUAUAUCAGGUGUCCUGAAGCAAAUGAAGGAAAACUCCCUCCGUCGGUUCGACACGAUAUGCCCAGAAGGCGGAGAAGACGAAAUAGUUAUUUAUACAACUUCAUCAGCUAGGGACAAGAAUUUUCAGAAAUGCCAGACAAUUAUCCAGAGCUUAUCCCAAUUUGUCCUGAAAGUUCAGCAGCGUGACGUUACAAUCCGGAAGUUCAGAAAAGAGCUGAAAAAGCUGAUGAAAAAAGAUAUGCCUCCUCCAAGGGUAUUUGUUCAUGGAAGGUAUGUGGGCGGGUAUGAUGAGGUGAGUAGGCUUAUAACAAAUGAGCCCUGGUUCUGUGAGACUCUUGAUAAGAUUCAAAAGAGAGAUGAGGUGCGUUUGCAUGGUCGGGACUUGGUGCAACAAGAGGAUGCCUCGUCAGUCAGUGUCUCUGAAACAGACCCCGGUGGACGUGGUGGUUCACCAGUUUAA